CCCUCUUAUUUUCUCUCCUUUUUUACUUUCUCAUUUUCUUACGCCCUUUCUCUCUUCCCUCUCCCCUUUUACACACUCUCUCUCCUCAGCUACUGUAAAAUCUGAGAAACUAUUCAUUAAUCGCUCCUUUUCUCAACCUCAAAGGUGGACCAGCCCUCGAGCCUUUCAUUUGCAGCACAGAAUGUAUUGAAUCCCCAAGAACACAGAAAUUCACGGACUCACUUCUUAUCUGAGAUUGUGGGUUGAUCCAUAAACCCUAAUUCAACCCCGUUUUGUGAUCAUGGGUUUCUGGGUAACAACCCUAAUUUUUAUUUUAACAGGUGUUCUUGCCUCCCUAUUGGUCAGAAUAUGCUACAACAGGGGGCCUUCUGCAAAUUUGUUCCAUUUGACACUGGUUAUUACUGCAACUGUUUGUUGUUGGAUGAUGUGGGCAAUAGUGUAUCUGGCACAACUACACCCCCUUAUUGUCCCUAUUCUCAAUGAAGGAGAAUGAGUGUUUUGGGGAUUCGACUCUGCCUGCUGCUGUAGUGUUGACUUGGGAUUCAAACUUUUAUUUUUUAUUUUUAUUUCCUGGCGGGUAACAUAAAUGUUGUUUGUAAUUCUACUUCUACUAUCAGCUGGAAUGUGCUUCAUGUAUGGAUGUGAUUGCUGACCCUUCUAUACAUGAGGUGAUAGUGUUUAUUUAUAAUUAUAAUAUUGCAUAAAUUUGUAAACUCCAAUAUCAGCUACUCGAAAGGCAAAUCGAUAUCCUCUAGGGCAUGUAUACUUUCGAGUACAAUGUAUACUCGAAAGUCUUUAUUGAGAUAAUGGAUUUCAAUUUGUUGUGUUCUUGAA